AUGGUAAGUGGAACGGGCCCAGCACCGAAUCAGGCCGACACUGUAGCAUUCUGGCGCGGCCUGUGGUCCGAGCCCGUAAACCACAGCGAGGGCCCAUGUGCGAGUGCGAGUAUAACGCCCAUGGACCCCGUCAUUAUAAUACCGGAUGACGUAGCUGAGACGGUCCGUAGAGCCUCGAACUGGAAAAGCCUGGGACUCGACGGGCUGCAUCACUACUGGCUGGAGGGGUUCGUGGUGUGUCACACUGUGCUCGCCCGACAGUUUCAAGAGGCUCUCAACCAGAAGUCGCUCUCGAGCCUCUUCACUACUGGGAUCACCCAAAAGUUCCUAAAGACCCGGGUACCACAGACCCGAGCAAAUACCGCCCCAUCACGUGUCUACCGACCAUAUACAAGACACUAA